AGCAGCGACAAGGGCAGUUUGGUACAACGACAUACUGCCACUAUCGGUAGAAACGACUUCUACGACUACUCUCUGAAUAACAAAAGUAAAAGAUAUUUUUUGACAAAACUGACUAAGGAGAGAACUUUUCACACGUAAGUAACAUGAUCCCCUUUUUCAACAAGUACGUGUGAAGUUUACAAAGUGAGACACGAGAUGAAUUUAUAAGCAAUUGAGAUUGUUUACAGCAUGUA